UGAGAGCCAGUAGCAAGCAAUUGAGUGGAGAAAUUCUUACAUUCCAAUUUGAACAGAAGCCCACUGACCAUUUGGUCAUAUAUUUAGGUGAAGACCAAGCCUUCAAAUCUCUCCCUCGUCAUCGCCACCGGUUGUUAAAAACUCUGAGUCCAUGUUCAAGGUCAAGGCUUUGAGAGAGAAGAACAAACUAUAAAAUAAUGGAGCUUUGAGAAACACUGAGAACAAAAAUAGUCGUGUCGUCGUUCUUGAAGGAGGAAAGAAAAUUGUUAUCUCAUUUUUAAAUCCUAGAUAUUUUCCUUCAUCCCUCUUCUUUUGUUUGCUUCACCUUCACAUAUUCUCUCUCUCUAAAAACCUGAGAGAGACUCAGAACUAAAACCCUGGUGUUUCUGCUCCAUCUGGGUCUCCAAUGGCGGCGAGUUGGGUUCUCUCAGAAUGUGGCUUAAGGCCUCUCCCUCAAAAUUUUCAUAGACCCACAGCCGGAUUUUCCUCUAACCACCCAGCAAAAGUUCGAGUUUUUCGGUCGAACAAGAGCGUGACAGAUCUAAGAUUGGCUUCGGCCAAAAUUUCGAGUGCGUGCUUUAGAGGGAGAAGCUGGGGUCUGAAAGUGAGUGCUCCAUUAAGAGUUGCUUCUAUUGAAGACGAGAAAGAGAGAGUCAAUGGUGUUAAUGGCGUUGGAGAUGAAGAAGAGCUGGAAUUUGAUCCAGGUGCACCACCACCGUUCAAAUUGGCUGACAUUAAAGCAGCCAUUCCGAAGCAUUGUUGGGUUAAGGACCCGUGGAGGUCAAUGAGCUAUGUGGUAAGGGAUGUGCUGGUGGUUUUUGGAUUGGCUGCAGCGGCGGUUUAUAUAAACAAGUGGUUCGUUUGGCCUCUGUAUUGGGCUGCUCAGGGGACAAUGUUUUGGGCUCUCUUUGUUCUUGGACAUGAUUGUGGCCAUGGAAGCUUUUCAAACAAUCCCAAGCUAAACAGUGUGGUGGGGCAUCUCUUGCAUUCUUCAAUUCUUGUACCCUAUCAUGGAUGGAGAAUUAGCCACAGGACUCAUCAUCAAAACCAUGGCCAUGUUGAGAAUGAUGAAUCAUGGCAUCCGUUAUCUGAGAGAAUUUACAAGAAAUUGGAUAACAUGACACGGAUUUUGCGGUUCACCGUGCCUUUUCCCAUGCUUGCAUACCCUUUCUACCUUUGGAAUAGAAGUCCAGGGAAGACUGGUUCUCACUUUCACCCAAACAGCGACCUGUUUGUCCCCAAUGAGAGGAAAGAUGUGAUCACUUCCACCUUGUGUUGGACAGCAAUGGCUGCUUUGCUUGUGGGGUUGUCCUUUGUAAUGGGUCCUAUUCAAUUGCUUAAGCUCUAUGGCAUUCCCUACUGGGUGUUUGUCAUGUGGCUGGAUUUGGUAACUUACUUGCAUCACCAUGGCCAUGAAGACAAAUUACCAUGGUAUAGAGGAAAGGAGUGGAGUUAUCUGAGGGGAGGGCUUACCACACUUGAUCGCGACUACGGAUUGAUCAAUAACAUCCACCAUGACAUAGGCACCCAUGUGGUUCAUCAUCUUUUCCCUCAAAUCCCCCACUACCAUUUAGUUGAAGCAACUGAAGCAGCUAAGCCAGUAUUUGGGAAAUAUUACAGAGAGCCAAAGAAAUCAGGGCCUCUACCGUUUCACCUGCUUGGGAGUUUUAUUAGAAGCUUGAAGAAAGACCACUAUGUCAGUGACAAUGGGGAUGUUGUGUACUACCAAACUGACCCUGAUUUUGGUGGCUUUCCAAAAUCAAAGUAAAAGCUUCAAUUCUUUAGUUUAGAUGACCACAAAGACAACCUUUCAGAUCUCUUUGCAUUGAGGGCGUGCCACUGAUUUGGGACUCUUGUGAAAGGAAUGUCUCAAGAGAAUGAUGAAAAAAGGGUGGUGCCAUAGUUGAAAAAAAAAAUUACUGUAUUUUAUUCUUUAUGGAGAGGAAAAAAAAUCUCUUCAGACUGUAUAACCCCAUUUUAAAUUGAAGAAAAAUGAGGGAAAAUAAUAGGGAACAAGUAACCAUCUUCCACUUUUGAUUGAAAUUAGUGGAUUCAGUGGGACAUUAUGGAUUUUAUUCUUC